UGUAAAGCAGCUCCAAUCAGCGGCCCGGCCAAAACAAAAAUACAGGCCACUUGCCAUUUGAGUUUGAGCCACGUUAAGAGUCGUUUCGGAUCGGAAGCAGUGCGCGUCGGUGCCGCGUUAAUCGCUCGCCUUUCAUUCGUUUUCGCGUCUGAAAACCAAAACAGUAUCUUGGGAAUGCCAAGCUGAAACAAAUACUUCAACAAAAUAUUCGAAGAGAUACAAAUUCUUAACACAAUACGCUUCGAGAUAGUCAGUCGCCGGCUAAUCGUUGAAUCACUGCUUUCGCCGAAUUUUGAUUGUGAAAAUUGGAUUAUUUAAAGCUCGGACGCGGAAAAGAUAAACUUAAACUCCAACGAAUAGUAUCUCGCCCGCACAAAGUAUCUGCAAGAUAUUGUGUUGUGUUGCCACCAAAUACUGAUGUGUAUUGUCACGUAUUUUUGGCCGAUACAGCUUCUGAUACCAAUACCGGCUCGCGAGCUUCGACCACGAAUAUAACAAGCUAACAAUAAUAAUAAUAAGAAUAACAGCAACAACAACCACAACAACAACAGCAGAUCGCCGCACAAGGCCAAAAAGAAGUAUCUCAGAACUUCUGCCCUGGUUUCGUGUGUGUGCUGGUGUGUGUGUGUUUGUGUGCAUUUUUGCGUGCGAGUGUGUGGGGCUUUUUUCGGCUCCCCAGCAGCAGUGUGUGUGUGUGUGUGUGCCAAAGCCAAGAAUCAAAGUGCAAAACGAAAUUGAAUAAUUUCCCGUCUCUGUGCCUCGCAUUCGCUGUGUGUACCCCCCAAAAAAAAAGCAUAAAAAUAAAAUAAAGCUGAUAAAGGCAAUCCGGCCAGCAAGUGCAGAAACAGUUAGCGCGAAGUGAGGUAAACAAAAGGGGGUCGCUGCCAGCAGCAACAACAACAACAACAACAGCAACAAGAUGCCAGGCAUGCUUGGCUUACAUAACCACUAGGAGCCGCCCGCCUCCUUGCGGAACAAACGAAAAUCGAGAAUCUAGAGUAGCUUCCAGUCCUCCUGCCAUGCAAUUUUCGAGUGUCUGAAGCCAUCUCUCCGCACUAUCUCUCUCUUUCUCUUUCUCUCUGGAGACGGCGACACCACCCCCACACGGCCUCUCCGCCCCCCCUCCGUUUUUUGUUUUUGUUUGAACGAGCCGCAGAAUGUCAACAUUAACUACAACAACCACGGUGGCCGCCUCUGUGUCGGCCCCACCAACGCCCACCACCACUUCUGGAAUUGGAUCGGGAAGCUCGGCCCAGAACGGAAACGGGCGCACCGCCGACUGUCGCAAGUUUUCGCCGAACAUCUUCAACAAGAGCAAGUGCAGCCACUGCUUCCGCCAGCGGGAGGAGCACUCGGCCGCAGCCUUGGAAUGCAAUAGGCGAACAGCAUCGGCGUCGGGCCUGGCAGAACCAGCAUCGCGAAAGGUCUCCAAAUGCGGAUAUUUAUUUGUGGCGCCAGACUGGGAUUUCAGCAAUCCAUUAUACAGAACAAAGCGCUGGCAAAGACGAUGGUUUGUUCUCUAUGACGAUGGCGAGCUGACGUAUUCGGUUGAUGAUUAUCCCGAUACCAUACCACAGGCCUGUAUCGAUAUGACCAAAGUUCUGGAGGUGACUGGGGCCGUGGAGGUUACCGGUCAUCCCCAUUCCAUCGCCAUAACCUCUCCCGAGCGGGUGACCUUUGUCAAGGGCACAAGCUCCGAAGAGUCGCAGUGGUGGCUGAACAUCCUGGCCGCCUUUCCCAAGUCAAAGGGUCGCCAUAAGCGGAGUGCCACCCUGCCGGGCGGUCAGGUGGUGGGCAGUCUUCGCCAGAGCACGGGCAGCAGCGACUUGUCCCUGGCCACCAAGCUGGUCAACCGGCACAGCUCUUACCACAAGGACACGCUCACGUCCUCCCAGUCGGCUGGAAAUCUGCUCAGCACCUUGGAUCUGAGUCCCAGUUCCACAAAGACUGGUGGAUCGGCGCUAACCACCAGCCAGACGCCUCUGAACGAUGACGAAGAGGACGACGGCGUCGAGACGGGAGAAGAUGUGGACGAGGAGGAAGACGAGGACGAGGAGGUGCCAAGAAAGUCCAAGGCUGCCACUACGACCAGUUGUAUUGGUGGACAGGAUGAGAACAAUCGGAAUGCGGGCAACGAGAUCACCAACCGUGUUUCCCAGCCCAGCACCUGCCUGUUAAUCGAGGACAUUCGACGGGAUGAGAAGACCAUCAAGGAUCUGACGAACACUAUUACCAACCUGAGCCAACAGCAAAACAAACGAUGGUCCACGGCCAUGAAUAAUGCUCUAAACAACCAUCACUUUAAUCACCAUAGCCAGUUCCAAUCGUCUCGAGAUGAAACGGACUUUCAGGUGAACCCCACGAGUAACAACUCCCAGGGCACAUCCAACGAGCGACCCAAGUCUCUGCCAUUGGCGGCCAACUCCACUCCAGCGAUUGUCUCGGCCAUAGUCAAGAAGAUUCCGACUGUUUUGGAGCAUGGCGACAAGGGGAAGCCAGCUGCCAGGCUGCAGUUACAACUGAAGUCCCCAAAGCACUACCAGCACGAGCGCGGUGAUCCCGAUGGCGGGUGCAACCUGGACGAGAUGUGCGUUAACUACAUGGCCAAAACGGACGAGCUACGCGGUUCAGUGGGCAAGCAACCCAGCAGUAAAGCCGUCGUCGGUCAGGGCAAGCCACCGGUAAAGGCCGCUGCGGAGGACUCGCUAAACGCCAAAAAAGGAUGGCUGAUGAAGCAGGACAACCGCACGGGGGAGUGGUCCAAGCACUGGUUUACACUCAGCGGAGCGGCGCUCUUCUACUACCGGGAUCCCUUGUGCGAGGAACGAGGCGUGCUCGACGGCGUCCUUGAUGUCAAUAGCUUGACUAGUGUCGUGGCCGAACCGACGGCCAGCAAACAGUACGCCUUCCAGCUGACCACGUGGGACAAGCAGCGGUUGCUCCUGGCGAGUCUGUCGCCUGGAUCCAGGAACAGUUGGCUGGCGGUGCUGAGAAGUGCGGCCGGACUACCUCAGCUGGAGACACCGCCACCGCAGACAGAUAUCGAGCAGGACUUCAUCAAGGCGCAGCUUCAGCAACAGCCAUCUUCUAGUCCCGUCACGCCCAGCACUCCGGCUGGACCGCCGCAUUUCUCAUCAGACGAGGAGUACCGCACCGCAUCGGAGGGCGGUCGGCGGGACAGCCUUGACUGGGGAUCUCCAUUGUCGCCAUCGCCGCCGGUACUGCGCAGCUGUCUACGAAACCGAAGCCUGGCCAGUAUGCACAAGAGGAGCCGGAGUUCGCCGCCUAGUUCUCGGCGCAGCACCGUGGACAGUGUAGCCAGUGACGAGCUGCCCCUUCUGGUGGUGCCCGAGGAACUGCAGCCGUCAGAAAGCCGUGAGCUGAAGCAGCAAUGCGAGACCCUCCGGGCUGAGGCCUCCUUGAGGGAAGCCCGAAUGGCCGAGCUGCUGGCCACCCUCCAAAGGACCGAGCAGCAGCUGACGGCCAGGCUUCAGGAGCAGCAGCAGCAGCUAAACAGCGAACUGACCCAGGCCAAACAGAGUGCGUCGGAUCUGAUGCACAAUCUGGGUCUCCAGCUGACCGAAAGCCAGUUACAGAUCAAGCAGCUGGAGGACCGCUUGGCCCAGGGAAUCGAGGAGAAUGAGGGCUUGUACAAGCGGCUAAGGGAGUUGCAGACACAGGACAAUGGUGGGGGAGGCGUAGGAGGAGUCGGAACCGCAGGACUGAGCAAUCUACAACGACACAAGAUCAAGCGAAUGGACUCGCUUAGCGACCUCACCACCAUCACCGACAUCGAUCCCUACUGCCUGCAGCGCGACUCGCUGGCGGAAGAGUACAACGAGUUGAGGUCCCGCUUCGAGAAGGCCGUCAACGAGAUCCGGGCCAUGAAACGGGAGCUCAAGCAGUCCCAGAACCAGUACGAUGCCCUGGAGCUGGCGCAGGCAGCUCUGCAACAGAAGCUGGAACGGAGACAGCACGAAGAUGGCGCCCAGCUGCAACUGAUGGCCGCUCGUAUCCAGGACCUUACCCUCAAGUACAGCAGCUCGGAGCGGCAAGUGCGAGCCCUCAAGCAGAAACUAGCAAAGUCAGAAAGGCGGCGAUCCCUGUCGCUGAAGGGAAAGGAGCAGCUGGAGCUGAAGCUUAGCGAGCUGCAGCGCGAAACGGGGGAUCGCAAGGAAGGCACACCACCAGAGUCCUCCAGCAGCGAGUCAAGCAGCCAGUCCCCGCUGAACGCCCAUUUGCUGCAACGGCUGCAUAGCCUGGAACACGUGCUGUUGGGCAGCAAGGAGCGACUGGAGCAGAGUCUAACCCAACUCCAGCAGAUUCGAGCGGGCCAGCGCACCCGGCGCUCCGUCUCGCCCAUGAACGACCGCAAGGACGGGUUGCGCCAACUGGAGCGCGCUCUGGCCGAGACCUGUGUGAUGGUCAGCGAACAGAUGGAGCUCACCUGCUUGCAGGACGCCUGCCACAAGUGCUGCGACCUGCGGCAGCGAGUGGAGAAGCUCUCCACCCUCCAGCAGCAGACGGAGACAGAUUUGCAGCGCAGUGAGCAGCUGCUGGAGCAGCGAGAAAGCGAGCUGGCUCAGGCCCUCGAAAAAUGUGCCAGUCAGGAACAGGAGCAGGAACUACUCCUGCAACAGCGGCAGGAGCUGAGCGAGGAGUUGAGUCGCCAGCAGGAGCGCUGCCGGCGUCUGGAGAAGCGGCUGGAGCUACUGGAGAGGGAGCAUGGGAAGCAGCUGGAGUGCCUGCGGGAGGUCUAUCACAACGAACAUGCCAGUGCCGCCGACGAGCAGAGUUUCCGGAAGCGUUACCAAACAGAGAUCGAGCAGCUGAGGACGCUUUGCGAAAAAGGAUUGAGUGCCAUGGAAACAUCGCAUCGUAGACUAACUUGCGAUUUAGAGCAGAAGCACAAGCUGGAAAUUGAGAGACUGCUGGCCGAAAAAGAAACGGCCCUGGCCGAGGAGACUCAGGCCACACUGGCGGCUCUGGAUGCCAUGAGAAAAGCUCAUCAGAGCGAAGUUCAAAGGGAGGUGGCACGCUUCAAGCAGGAGUUCCUGCGGCAAGUUCAGCGGGGAGAACACAUUCAAGGCGAAGGUGGCAAGCUGAAGGAAGAAGAACUCGAAGAGCUUCGUUUGGAAAUUCUGUCGUUUUCUGAAAAGUAUUCCAUCAAGUGUGUGGAGAACGCUGCCCUCGAGGAGAAACUGCAUCUGGCCAACAGCAAGCUGAGGCACUUCCAGCAGAUGCAGCAAUUGGAACUGAGAAAUAAGCAAUUUCGAGCUCACUUGGCCUCCGAAGAUCCCACAAAUGAUGUUCACUUCGUCCAAGGCUUGACCACGGAUUCCAGAGAGGGUGCUGACUGUGAAGAUAGCGAGCCUGCACCACAAAUAAAGGCUGCAACAUCAACAGCCAGAACCACAGUCACGGCCACAACCACCGCCACAACAACCAGAUCAGCAGCCUCAAGCGACACAGAGUCCAAUUCCGACUUAGAUGCAGAUCCAUCGCAGGCGCCAACCGAGAAAAUGGAGCAAAGUCUCUUCGUAAUACCCUCCCAUAUGCUAAACUGUUCCCCCGUGCCUGCCGCUAAAAACGCUUCUGAUCAGAGCCCGGAUCGAGAUCUCGAUGGGCCCGGAGAUGGUUACGAGCCAUGCUACAGGCCCUUCGAUAUAUUCGCCAUCUAUCAGAAUCGUUUGAGCUUCCAAGGUUUGAAGAAGAGCAGCUCCACGUUUGGUAAGAGUUUGCGAAAAUCCACUGCUCAUACAUCACCAGCAUCAUCAGAACUAACAACGAUAGAAACGACAGUAACAACAUCUAAUCCAAAUAAGCCCAGUCACAAGCAAAUGUUUAAAACGGCUGCCGUCAUUAAUAUCCAGCAACAGCAACUACUCCAGGAAGAAAAAGCACAAUGAACAACCGCCAAGAUGCAAAUGCAAUAACCAAGAGCAAGAAACAACAAACAGAACCAGUGGAUCAACCAAAGAAUAAUUAGUGCUAAUAAUAAAUAAAUAAUUGUAAUUAUUUAAAGUAUAUUAAUAACAAAGCAACCAAAUGCAAGACAAAAAUUAAACGGCACAACACCAUAAUGUACAGAAUAACCCCAAAUAACAUUUCUCAAACAAUGCUGGUGGAGGAGGAUGAUUCUGAUGAUGAGGAUGAUGAUGUUGGUGAUGUGGCAAGCAAGCAAGCGACAUUGGAGGAGAGUCCCAUGGAGUUGAGCUAACAUACGACUGUUCACCCCCCUCCAGGAGCUAUCUGGAAGGGACGUCGAGCAAUGAUGAUACAACUAACUAACCACGAAAGCAGCAGCAACUACUGCGUCAUCAACAACCAACCAACCACACAAAGGCAGCAGCAACAGAGUUAAGAAUUUUGGGCCAAAUUUAUGUAUUUAUCGUCUAUUCUAUCAUUGUACUUGUAUGUUAUUCUAUUGUACGGUUUACCCAAUUCUCUAUGUCCACAAAAUGUGUCAUUUAUUUAUGUUUACGUAUGUAGUUUUUAGGCCUACUUUGAAGCAAUCGACAAGCGUAUUAAGCUCCAUGUUUGUUUCACCUUUUUUUUUGCUGUAUGUAUUGAGUAUAUAUCGAAAUUGUUUUCAGCAUUAAUACAUACAUACAGAUGUGUAAAUGCAUUAAACAUUUAAAAUAAAUAUUUAAUUUUAUGCUUGUUUUGUUAAUCAUUGGUAUUAAUCAUAUACUUUACCUAAAUUAAUGCAAUUUUAAUCUUACUAAAUAAGUGGGGAAAAACCAACAAAUGUUAAUAUUAUUUACCCAUAAGUCGUUAUUUGUGCAACAAAAAAUAAAAAC